CCACCCGCAAUUCGUGUAGGCUUCCAAAAAUGGCGGCGGUUUCUGUCAGUGUGGAGUGAAACUUUCCUAUUUUUAGCGAAAUUCUUCCUCCAUUCUAGCAUUUUGUCGACUGUAGUCGAGUGUUUAUUAAAGUAGGCAUCUUCGGAAGACACCGGCGUUUGACAGUCGUCGUCAGGACUGAGGGGGUGACUCUAAGCUCCGGUUUUGAGCACCAAAUCGCUGAGCUUCCUUCGAAGUUGACGGUAGCUGAGUGCCUGACAUUGCGAUCAUAGCGACUGUUGUCAUCGUAUCGCUUAGCGCCGAGCCGUCAGGUGAGAUUGGACGUCGGUCGAUUAGCAGUAGAUAGCUUUGCGGCCAAAGGGCGUCGGAAACAAAGCGGUUGGUGUUUGUGUGUGUGGAUCGAGCCGGGGCAGAUUACAGAUCCUGAGGACGUGUCACGUCACCUGUCAGUUGGAAUAAAUAGGUGCUGUUGGAUGUCACCGCCACUCUGUGCCGCACUGAAUUUGGUUUGCUAGCGUCGUCCAUCCUGGCAAAUCAAAUGGAGAAGCUUCAGGACCUCAGCCAAUCAGAGCUACAGGAGCUCCUGGACAGUCCGGAGAGGGUGGAAUCGAUGGCUCUGGAGUCCGAUGAGAUCCAGAACAUCCAGCUGGAGAGAGAAAUGGCUUUGGCAUCAAAUCGCAGCCUGGCUGAGCAAAACCUGGACAUGAAGCCUCGCUUGGAGUCGCAGAAGGAGCUGCUGGUGGAGAGAUAUUCUCAACUAGAGGCAGUCAGAGAAACCUAUAGACAGCACUGCUCCCUGAAAGAUGGCAUGGCAGGUCAGGUGUCUCCAGAAGCGCUGUUCUCCAGACUACAGACAGAGGGCAGCAAAACAGAAGAAGAGUCAGAGGCUCUAGCAGAUGAGUUUCUGGAGGGAUCUCUUCCGCUGGACUCCUUCCUCGACCGAUUCCUCUCCCUACGCUCACUCGCUCACAAAAGACGCGUACGGAUAGAGAAACUCCAAGAAAUCCUGCGACAGAGGAGCGAGGGCAACACCCCCGCCAUGACGUCGUCAGCAUGCCUGAAAGAGGACUCUGCCACCCCGCUGUCACCGUGGGAUCAACAGACAACAACAGCAACGACGACGAAUCAACAGCAGCCGAGUUCCAAACCUCAGAACGCCCCUCAGCCCGCGUCCUCGUCUGCGGGGGGCUCCUCCGGGCUCCCCUACAGCCCGUACCCCGUGUCGGGCCCUACUCCUCCUGCUGUCGUGGCAGCAGCAGGCUCUGUUCCAGCCAAUGCCCCGUCACAGUUCCCUCCUUACCCAGGUCCCACUUCACCUUUCCCUCCGGCAGGGAGCUACUCUGGCCCUAGCCCCCCUUUUGGGCCUCCAGCUUCGGCCAGCUGCCCUUACCCGGCCCAGCCCUCCUUUCCUUCGCCACAUCCAGGCUCGGCGUUUGGCCAGUACACCCCGAGCCACGCGCAGAGCGGCCCCGCGCCCUACCCGGCCUCCUACAGCUAUGGGGGCUACAGCUACCCGUCCGGGCCGGCCUAUUCCAAUUCUCAGUCAGCAACAGGGAGACCCAUGUACAGACCGGGAUAUGGAGUUCCUCAGCCGUACUCCUGAAAGCACUACUGCUCCACUGUCUCUUCUUCAAUCUUUCCUCCUUUGCUGUCUCACAUGUCCUCUUCCCUCACUCCCGCUCUCCUCGCCCUGAUCCUCCUCCCGUCCUUUCUCCGACGCUCCCAGACUCAAGAGGUCUCUCGCUUUACUUUGUUGCACUAUUUCUCUAAUAUCUGUUUCUUUCUUUGCCCUUCCUUUGUCGACCCACCAACUCCCCCUACUCUGGUCUCAGGUUGUUGCGUUUGUGUUUAAGCGUUCAAACACUGUCUCUGGUUCACUCACCUUCUUCCUUCUGCACAUCGUUGUCUCCUCCCUCCUCUUCCAUGUCAUUUGUGUGUGUGUGUGUGUGUGUGUGUUGCUGUUUGGCAAUCAGAAAGUCCUUAUAGACACAAGUGCACUCCCCCUUAUGACAAAUACAUGGCAAGAAUCGCACUCUGUGACAGUGUCCCCUCCCCUGCCAUAAUCUGUGUGGUUCACAUUGUUUUCUGUGAGCGCCGACGAGAUGUGGAAGCUUUAUGUUCUGCUUCGAUGACCUCUGGGCUUAAACGAUGCCAUUAAAAAGGAGAAGGCCGGUACACCGUACGAUUCUUACAUCAAGUUAAAGCGCAGGGUUUGAAGUUCCCAUAUUCUUAUCUGUAGCUGCCCGGAUAUUCAGCUCUUCCAGUUGCAAGCGAAUGUGAAUGCGGCCACUUUGUUUCCUUUAACCAAAGAAACUUCUGCUGAUGACACUGCUUUCAUUCCUCUUCCUGUCGUUAGUGUUGGACAGAGGAAGCAAACUGCAGCGAGAGACGUCUCAGUACUGCGUUUGUAGUAGCGCACACCAGUGCCAGUAGCUCCAGAUACCAGAGUAGAAACAGCAGCAGUGUGUGCACAGCGAGAGCACUGCCCCUUUAAAACCAGAGCCCACAGUGUGUCACCUCCAGUACACUACAUAGAAAAUACCAAGUGUACAUGUGCAGCAUUCGGUGUGGAAGCUACUGUCAGCGUCGGUGCUGCGACGUCCUCAGCUGCAGCUGCGUCAGCAGCUUCUCCUCUCAGCCCUGCGUAAAACACUCGAAGAGGAAACAGGCAGACUUGGGAAGAUUCUUCAGAUUCCUGAUCCCGACUGUGAUGUCCUUUCCUACUUUUCUGUAAAGUCAACAAACGUGUGUUUCUGUGAGUGGAAGCCGAGCGGGAGAUGGUUUGUGCAGCACUAGCUGGAGACACUGUAGGCAGGUUUCUGGUUUUCUCCACACAUCUUCAUCUUUUGUUUUGUAUUUGUCCAAAAAGUAAUUCAAAGGGAAGCCCAGGAAGGGUCAGAACGGUCACACUCUUAAGUUCCUUAUAAGCAUGUAUUAUCGUGGAGAAGCUGACACAAAGGGAUUAUGUUGCUGUGUACUCCCUGCACCUCUCUGAUUGGUCCAUGGAGGCUCUCCAAAGUCAAGCUUUGUGUUGGCUUCAAACACUUUGGCACUGCAGACCAUCGUAGGUGAGGUGGAGGUGUUGAAGGGAAUUUAGUACGUGUGUAUUUCUAAACUGAAGUGCCAACAUCGUGACAAACGCGUAAAUCUCACAUGUCUUUGGUGACAAGCUGUACCUUACAUCCCGCUAUUAACACUCCAGAAAGCUGCAUUAGUGAAGCGAGCUCAGAGUUUAGGCGACUGCAUGAUGAUGAUGUUAAAGAGGGGGAGGAAGCCCGGUGUGGUUGUGCAGCGGAGUACGCAGAAAUCCUUUUUGUUUCAGUGCAUGUCAGACACAAGCAAAGGUGAAGCUGCUGGAUUAUUUGGUAGAGAUGCAGCUGUUAAUCAAAACACAGUAAAUCUGAAGACAGGCUUCAGCUGAGAGCUGAGAGCUGGCUAAUGCUAGGGCGAGCACUGCGGACACAUUCAGUCAUUAUCGUAGGAGCCAGUGUGAGCCACGCUUCAGAUGUCACAUGAUUUAGAAGAAGUUGGAUAUCAGCUGACUUCCCUGCCAAGGUCAAAGAUCACUGUUCAUUCUUCCUGGUUUAAGAGCUGUCGCUAAGACUGCUAGCACAAAGGCUUUCACUCAUCACACAGAGGUUUCUAUGGUGUUUGGUCAUUUAUGUUUUAUUUAACCAGGUUAGUAUAACCAUCCUCUGUUCCUCCGCCGGUCUGAAAGAGCCUGUGAUGGGCGGCUGACUGUCAGAAAGCGGCUCGCUGUGGUGAAGGAGAACAUGCUCCACCACAGAGCGUCAGACUCGCUGUAAGGUCUGCUGGAAACAAAGAAGGUUCGCUCUCCUGAACGAGGAGUCUGAAACUGCCACUCGUGCACCGUCUGCACAUAGAAAACACUUUGAGGCACAGCUACAGUCAGCUGUUGAGUGUGACCUGCUCUGUCACUAGCCACAGAGCGCUAACCCACGGCAGUAAGGUUCUCUUUAUAAACCGCUCGCUCACCAUGCUGAUGUCACAGAGCAAAGACCAGCGUUAGCUCCUCUGCAGGAGGCAGUGACUGCAGAUUUAAACGUUUCGUGGCAGUAGCAGAUGUAAUUGGCAGUUUGUUUCUCCUGGUUUACGAUUACUGCCAACUCUGAAUUGAUUAAGUGCUUGAUAGAAACUAACACAUAAACCAAUAUUUCAGCAUUAGGUGAGUUUGUCUUUUAUAAAGAGUGCCUCACUCCUCACAGGUAAAUAUGGGCUGUAGCUGACAGAGUGCAUGUGAUGGCUCACCUGAAUCCAGCUCUCAGUACCUCAGAUGUCCACACGGUGGCGCCAGCCGACAGACUGGCGCCGUCUGAUUGGAUGAGAGCUGAUGAUGCUGCACCUCUCUUGGUGCUAACGUCGCCCUCUGGUGUUACCUGUGGAGUUACUGCACACACACAGCAGACGUCUCACUGGUUGGUUUUACGUGAACAGGAGUAGGUGACGACGUCACACAGAGAUGCUGCAAUAACCCGAGCAUGACGAGCUUUCAUACACAAUAAAGACAUGAUGGUGGAUCUGUCCCGAGGACUUCAGUGUUGUUAAAAAUGACAACGACAAUAAUAAUAGUUUUACAGUGUUUUAGAAAAAGCACAAGGCAGAUGUCUUAAUAUAGUUAGCAUUAAUAUUCUGGAGGGAAAUAUCAGAUUGAUUUAAUGGUUCUGACGUGGAGGAGUUCUAUAUUACUGAUGAUGUAGAUGGAAAAAGAGAAACAAUGUUUUCUUUCUUGUUUUGGUUGUGAAUAAUUAAACAAGUUGAUUUGAA